CUCGAAGGCCCGGCCGUGCUGCGGGGUCUAGAAGCUGAGGCGGGGAGCGGGAAGAGACUUGGGAUUGGAACAAAACCAGCGGCCAGGAUGGGCCACCGGUCACAGGGCAAGGAUGGCGGCUGCAGCGACACUGGCCAUGGACCAACCAGCUGGCCUGCAGGUGGACUACGUCUUCCGGGGUGUGGAGCAUGCCGUGCGGGUGGUGGUGUCUGGGCAGGUGCUGGAGCUGGAGGUGGAAGACCGGAUGACAGCCGACCAGUGGCGGGGCGCGUUUGAUGCCAGUUUCAUUGAAGAUUUGACUCACAAGACAGGGAACUUCAAACAGUUCAACAUCUUCUGUAACAUGCUGGAGUCGGCCCUCACCCAGAGCAGUGAGUCAGUCACCCUUGACCUGCUGACCUACACAGAUCUGGAGUCCCUGCGGAACCGGAAGAUGGGGGGCCGCCCAGGCCCCUUGGCCUCGAGGUCGGCCCAGCUCAACUCCAAGCGCUACCUGAUCCUCAUCUACUCCGUGGAGUUUGACAGGAUUCACUACCCGCUGCCCCUCCCGUACCAGGGCAAGCCAGACCCCGUGGUCCUGCAGGGCAUCAUCCGUUCACUGAAGGAGGAGCUGGGCCGCCUCCGCGGGCCAGACCGUCAGGACGCCCGGCAGGCCCCGGAGACUGAGAUCUGGCACCUGCGGGAACAGAAUUACCUUCAUGUUGGCCCCUCCACUCUUUUCCAAAUGACCCCAGUCAUCUUUGGUGGCUUCCUUGUUUUCUGGCUUCUCAAGAUGUCUCAGAUUUUUUUGUGCCUUUCCAGCCUCAGAACUGGUGUAAGUCAUUUUUCCAAGGAGCUCUGGUUUCUUUUCGUGGGAAAUUGCACUGUAAAUGACAGUGGGUCUUCCGCUCCCAGAAGACGGACUCCGCCCGCGGUGGUCCUCUCGGCCCCGGAAGAUCGGGUCUCGUCGUCCCGGGAGCGCUCCACAUCGCGCGGCCGCUGCGCCAUCCGCUCCUCCUCCCAGGAGAGCGGCCGCGGGGGCCGGGGCCGGGGUCUAGGCCGCCCCACCCGCCCCUCGCCGUCACCCCCAGGUGGUCGCGUGACCCGUUUCGACCCCACAGCCUUUGUGAAAGCCAGGGAGAGGAAGCAGAGAGAGAGCAAGAUGCGAAAGCAGCAGCGGAACCGACUGGGCAGCGGAGGGAGCGGGGAUGGGCUGUCCAUCUCCCGGUCGCGCCAGACUCGGCCCCCAGCUGCCGUGACCGGCCGAGGCGACGCGGUUAACCGCUCCCGAAACCGCAGCUCCUCAGUGGACAGUUUCCGCAGCCGCUGCUCGCCCGCCAGCUCCUGCAGCGAGUUCGAGGAUUUCUCUGAAUCCCUCCCUAGAGGCUCCCGCCACCGUCGGGGGAAGCCUCCCAGCCCCACAACCUGGAGUGGGUCCAAUACGCAGCAGAAGUCCACCCCCCUGGAACACGGCAGCCGUCAGAGACGCCUGGCCAGUUCGGGGGGCUGGGUACCCAUGAAAGAGUACAGCUCUGACCACCAGGCGGCUGACAUGGCAGAAAUAGACGCCCGCCUGAAGGCCUUGCAGGAAUAUAUGAACCAGCUGGACACGCGCUUGUGACCUCGAAGAGGGAGCACUGACCCUUCACCCCCUACCCACCCCUGGAUUCAGUGUGCCUGCCCAGCGGCCAGGGUGUCCUUCUAGUGGCCCAGGUCCCACCCGUCUGGUGCUCACAGGGCUGCAGGUGUGUGAGGCCUUGACCCUGGCCUCUCCACCAGGCAUUGCAUGCUGGGAAGGAGGGUAUUUUGUAAAUAAACAGAUUUGCUUUUGGGA